AUGGACUCUUCAGGAUCAGCAGCUAUCAAUACGCAUAUCUCAGCGGAGCAGAUCCUACGGGAUGUGUACAAGAAGGGCCAGAAAGCAAAAGGAUCCACUAACAUUGAUAUACUAGACUUGGAAGAGCUUCGAGAGUACCAAAGGAGAAAAAGAACAGAAUAUGAGGGUUACUUGAAGAGAAAUAGACUUGACAUGGGCCAAUGGAUCCGCUACGCGCAAUUCGAAAUAGAACAACAUGAUAUGAGGCGUGCCAGAUCCAUCUUUGAAAGAGCUUUACUAGUAGAUAGUUCCUUUAUCCCACUAUGGGUACGAUACAUUGAUGCUGAACUGAAAUCCAAAUGCGUUAACCACGCUAGAAACCUUUUGAACAGGGCUAUCAGUACAUUGCCCAGAGUAGACAAGUUAUGGUAUAAGUAUCUCAUAGUCGAAGAGUCGUUGAAUAAUAUCGAUAUUGUACGAUCGUUAUACGCCAAGUGGUGCUCUUUGGAACCAGGCAUCAAUGCAUGGAAUUCUUUUGUUGAUUUUGAAAUAAGACAGAGAAGUUGGAACAGCGUAAGAGAAAUCUAUUCCAAAUAUGUCAUGGUUCAUCCCCAAAUUCAAACGUGGCUAAAUUGGGUCAAGUUUGAAAAUAGACAUGGCAAUUAUGAAUCUACAAGAAGCGUAUACUCGUUAGCGUUAGACACCAUAGCUAACCUUCAAAAUCUGCAAAUUUGGUCCGAUGCCGAAGUUGCAAAAUUAGUAAAUUCAUUUGCCCAUUGGGAAGCUACACAACAAGAAUACGAAAGGUCUACUGCCCUUUAUAGAAUUUCUAUAGAGAAGUGGCCUUCCAAUCUAUUACUUAAAAAUGGACUGUUGGAUUUUGAAAAACAAUUCGGUAAUAUAAACUCUAUAGAAGAAACUAUUAGUUAUAAAAGGAAAAUGGACUAUGAAACGACAUUGACUCGUAACGUAUAUGAUUAUGACACUUGGUGGCUGUAUUUAGAUCUUAUCUUGGAAAGUUUUCCUGACCAAAUAAUGCAAUCUUUUGAAAAAGCCAUCGUGGACAGCCGACCAAAAGUAUUAUCGAAGACUCUUCACUGGAAAAGAUACAUUUAUCUAUGGAUGAGAUAUAUAUGCUAUGUUGAGCUAGAACUCGAAGAUUCGCUUUUGGAAGACGAACUUUUUCAAAGAUUAAUCAACACUAUUAUCCCUCAUGAGCAUUUUACUUUCUCAAAAGUAUGGAUAAUGUAUGCCAAAUUUUUAAUACGACAUGAUGACAUAACAAAGGCGAGAAAAAUUUUAGGUAAAGCCAUUGGUUCAUGUCCCAGGGCCAAAAUUUUCAAAGGUUACAUUGAACUGGAAGUCAAGUUAAAAGAAUUUGAUCGUGUAAGAAAAAUAUACGAAAAAUUUAUUGAAUUUCGGCCCUCUGAUUUACAAAUUUGGUCACAAUAUGCAGAAUUAGAAGAAAAUUUAGGAGAUUGGGACAGAGUUAGAGGCAUAUACACAAUUGCACUGGAUGAGAAUUUUCAGUUUCUGACAAGGGAAGAUAAAAUCGAACUGCUUCAAAAAUACAUUACAUUCGAGACAGAGUCACAAGAAUUUGAAAAGGCAAGGAAGCUUUAUAGAUACUAUUUGGAACUGAAUGAAUAUUCCAUCCAAAGUUGGAUCGAAUUUGCCAUGUAUCAAAGCUCAACACCGACGGAACAACAACUAUCAGAUCUAGCAAAGCUACAAAGUGAAAAUGUAAAUGAAAAUAUUGAGUUCGAAAUCACCGAUGAAAAUAAGGUAGAGGCCAGAAAUGUCUUCGAGGAGGCCGUAAAGUUUUUCAAGGAUAAGAAUGAUAAAAAAGGGAGACUGUCUAUUUUAGAAGCACUUAAGGACUAUGAAGAAAGUUACGGUAGUGAAGUCGAUCAAGAAAUUGUCAAAAAGAGGUUCCCUAAAACAGUCAAAAAGUCAAAGGUACAAAAUGGCAUAGAAGAGGAGUUUGUAGACUACGUGUUUCCUGAUGAUAUAGACGAUGACAAGCGGAAACCGUCAAAGUUCUUAGAAUUAGCCAAAAAAUGGAAACAGGAACAAGUGCUUUAA